GCCGCCAUGGCAGCCCGCGCCGCUCUCCUGGGCCUGUGGCUGCUGUCGUGCUGGGGCCGCGUCCCGGGGCAGCAGCCCCACCUGGUGGAGUACCUGGAGCGCCGCCUGGCCGCCUUGGAGGAGCGGCUGGCCCAGUGCCAGGACCAGAGCAGCCGGCAUGCCGCGGAGCUGCGGGACUUCAAGAACAAGAUGCUGCCGCUGCUGGAGGUGGCGGAGAAGGAGCGGGAGGCGCUCAGGGCGGAGGCUGACAGCGUCGCGGGGCGCGUGGACCGUCUGGAGCGGGAGGUGGACUAUCUGGAGACCCAGAACCCAGCCCCGCCCUGUGUGGAGAUUGACGAGAAGGUGGCUGGAGGGCCGGGGACCAAAGGCAAGGGCAGAAGGAAUGAGAAGUACGACAUGGUCACAGACUGCGGCUACACGAUCUCUCAGGUGAGAUCCAUGAAGAUUCUCAAGCGGUUCGGCGGCCCGACUGGUCUGUGGACCAAAGAUCCGCUGGGGCAGACCGAGAAGAUCUACGUGUUAGACGGGACCCAGAACGACACGGCCUUCGUCUUCCCAAGGCUGCGUGACUUCACCCUCGCCAUGGCUGCCCGGAAAGCUUCCCGGGUGCGGGUGCCCUUCCCCUGGGUAGGCACGGGGCAGCUGGUGUACGGGGGCUUUCUUUACUUUGCCCGGAGGCCUCCCGGAGGGCCUGGAGGCGGUGGCGAGAUGAACACCCUGCAGCUCAUCAAAUUCCACCUGGCCAACCGCACCGUGGUGGACAGCUCGGUGUUCCCAGCAGAGGGCCUGAUCCCCCCGUACAGCCUGACCGCAGACACCUACAUCGACCUGGCGGCCGAUGAGGAAGGCCUUUGGGCUGUCUACGCCACCCAGGAGGAUGACAGGCACUUGUGUCUGGCCAAGUUGGAUCCGCAGACACUGGACACGGAGCAGCAGUGGGACACGCCGUGCCCCAGAGAGAAUGCAGAGGCCGCCUUUGUCAUCUGCGGGACGCUGUAUGUCGUCUACAACACCCGCCCUGCCAGCCGGGCCCGCAUUCAGUGCUCCUUUGAUGCCAGCGGCACUCUGAGCCCUGAACGGGCAGCGCUCCCGUACUUUCCUCGCAGAUACGGUGCCCACGCCAGCCUCCGCUACAACCCCCGGGAGCGCCAGCUCUACGCCUGGGAUGACGGUUACCAGAUUGUCUACAAGCUGGAGAUGAGGAGGAAGGACGAGGAGGUCUGAGGAGCCCGCCUGGGUUUCGGACCUCUCCCCCCCUCACACAGCUAUACCCCCACUGUGUUUCCUGCUCCGCAUUCUUCCAGUGAGAGCCAGGUGUGGCUCAGAGGCCCUGUUUCGUUUGGGGUUUUUUUUAGCCAGUGGCAAGCGCGUUCUUACAGCCCCUCCGUUUCACAUGGAACUCCAGACCUUGAGUAAUCCUUCUAGAACAAAAUGAGUGAAAGCCACAAAGGUUCACUCCCGCUCUCCUGCCCCGUGUCAGCGAACUUCAGGCCAAAGGUGACCCAGACCCAGAGCACCGACCCUCGGAUGGGGGCUGCCCCAGGGAGCGGGCGGCCGUACCCUUGCCCUCAGCGUGACCGGGGCGGGGGGGG